UUGAGGAAUCUAAUUAUAAAUUUUCUUCUCUUUCUGAAGCAAUUUUGGACCUUGUUUUAGAUUUUGAUUGAGUGCAGGAGGCAGCAACAUCAACAACAGCAACUAGAGAGGGGAGAGUUUUCACCUUGUUUGAGCCCUUCUGGGUUUGACUCUAGAGAACCCUAUGACCUCAACCUUGGUUGUCCUGUUGGAAUCACGGGAUAGGAUUGGUGGUCGAGUUUAUACUGACUACUCAUUUGGUUUUCCCAUUGACCUGGGUGCAUCAUGGUUGCAUGGAGUUUGCAAGGAGAAUCCCUUGGCACGAUUGAUUGGGAGACUAGGACUACCCUUAUACUGUACUAGUGAGGAUAACUCUGUGCUGUAUGAUCAUGAUUUGGAAAGGGAAUCAAGUGCCUCCAGAGUUAGUCACUAAAAUUGGUGAAGUAUUUGAGAGCAUUUUGGAGAAGGCA